UGGGGGCGGGGCCUCACUGAUCGCCGUCUCUGGGCUCCAUUGUGUGUGACUGACCGACGCGAGUCUGAGGCCGCGAUGUCAACAGCAAUGAACUUCAGCAGCAAAACCUUCAGACCCCGAAACCCGGACAGGGGCGCCUUCCCGCUGGACCACCAGGGUGAAUGCAAGACAAUUAAGGAGAAAUUUAUGAAGUGCCUCAGGGAGAACAAGUUUGACAAUUCCUUGUGCCGGGAAGUGUCAAAGGAAUACCUGGAAUGCAGAAUGGACAGGCAAUUGAUGACCAAAGAGCCAUUGGAGAAGCUGGGAUUCAAAGAUCUUGUUGACAGGAAAGCAACAGAAACCGAACAGGCUAAGUCCUAACAGUCUGCCCAACACAAGGAAAACUUGACCUCAAGCCAAUGAAGCGGUUUAUGUUUUGACCGGGGGACUUGCUUUCUGUAUAAAACCAAAGCUGAUUUGAACCUUCCUCCUGGCCCGACUCCCCUGCCUUU